GUUUUAAAUAAGCAGCGCCUUCAGGAUUUAGUAAGAGAAGUAGAUCCAAAUGUGCAGCCUGAUGAAGAUGUUGAAGAUUUGUUAUUGCAGUUAGCAGAAGAAUUUAUAGAUGAUGUUGUGGUCACAUCAUGUCUGUUAGCUAAGCAUCGGAAGUCAAACAUAUUAGAAGUAAAAGAUGUGCAGUUAAGUCUUGAAAAAAACUGGAAUAUGUGUGUACCUGGUUUUGGAUGUGAAGAAUGGAGGCCAUAUAAAAAGUCAGCAACUACUGAAGCUCAUAAACAGAGAAUGGCACUAAUUAGGAAAACUAUGAAGAAAUAAUCACCGCUGUGCUUGUUACAAAAUACUCCAAAAUAAUCGUCCUUUAUUUUAAAAAAAGAUUUACUGUAUAUACUUGUUUGCAAAUAAAAUGUAUAGUUAUUAAAAUAUAA